CAAAACACCUAGUUUUUCCAAAACAAAUUAACCUUCCUCAUUAUCAAGAAAAGCUCCUUGCCCAGUUCAAGAAACCAACAAAAUCCAUCUCAUUCAAGAUCAAGAUCAAAACCAUGUCAGCUUCAUCUUCAUCAUCCAGGGCUGAUGGAAAAGUUCAAAUUCAAUACCCAACGGGCGCAGAUGCAUAUAGAAUCUUGGAACAGAUUGGUGGUGGUGCUCGUGCCACAGUUCACAAAGCAACAUGUGUCAACAACGACAUCCGGUACUCAGGUUUGGUUUCAAUCAAGAUUAUUGAUCUUGAACAAUAUUCUGCAGCCGAUCUUGAUGGUCUCAGACGUGAAUCCAAGGCCAUGUCACUUCAUUCACACCCUAACUUUCUUGGCUCCCUUUGUUCUUUUACCGUGGAUCACCAUCUUUGGCUGGUUAUGCCUUACAUGGCUGCUGGUUCUCUCCAAUCCAUAGUCUCUUCUUUUUUCCCUGAUGGCCUGCUAGAGCCAUGCAUUGCUAUAGUUCUCAAAGAGACCCUAAAGGGGUUGUCUUAUCUUCAUCGCCUAGACUAUUUACACACAGAUAUCAAGGCAGGAAACAUUCUUUUAAAUCACACAGAUAAUGGCAGCAUAAAACUUGAAGAUUCUGGCAUGUCGGUCUGGAUUUACGACUCCAACAGCAUUGAGAAAUCAUCCUCAUUGUCUUCCUCAUCAAAAAUGAGGUUAACUGAUGUUGCAGGGACUCCAUAUUGGAUGGCGCCAGAGGUUAUACAAGACUCAAAUACAGGUUAUAGUUUCAAGUCUGAUAUAUGGUCUUUUGGUGUUACUGCGUUGGAAUUGGCCCAUGGCGGACCUCCUUUCUCCUACCUUCCUCCUUCGAAGUCUUUGAUGUUGAAGAUAAAGAAGAGGUUUGGGUUAUCUGAUUAUGAUUAUGAUUACGAUGAGAAGAGCAAGAAAGAUUUCAAGAACAACCACUUUUCUCAAGCGUUCAAAGAUAUGGUUGCUUCUUGUCUUGAUCAAGACCCUUCAAGGAGACCUUCUGCUGAUCAGCUGUUACAGUAUUCUUUGUUCAAGAACUGUGAAGGAUUGGACCUUUUGUUCAACGAGUUUUUCCGUGGGUUGCCUAAUGUUGAAGAAAGAUUCAAAGAACCCAACGCUUCAAGUGAUGGGACAUCAAGCCAGAUUACUUCUGGUACUGACACUGACUCAGCGGGUUCAAGUGUGAAGACUACAAGGAUCAGUGGCUGGAAAUUUAAUAAGAGCAAAUUCGAGCUUGAGCCAGAAUUUCACGCUGAGUCAAAAGAUGAUGUUGUGAAAACGGUUCAUUUUGGAGGUGAAACCAUCAUCGAUACGGACACCAACAUUGGGUUCAGUGAGUCGUCAAGCGGGUCAGGUGACUUGGAGGGUUUAGUGGGAGAUCAUGCUGGUGCAAACAUGAGUGGAAUAGAAGGAGCUGUUGAGACCCUUAAUCAAGAGACAGUAGCAGAGAAGGCGAGUAGCAGGUAUGAUUUUUCUGUUACGAAGAGAGUCUGA